AUGAUCAUGAUUGAUGGACCGAACUUAUCGCUAGAUCCGACCGCUAAUACCGAUCGCUAUUUCGCCAGAACAUUUCUCAUCAAUAAGAACACUGCCAGCAACUUCAACAACAGUGGCAACAAAACUAGCGAACUGUACAACAAAAUUAGCAACAAAACUGGCAACAACAACACAAGAACUAGCAACAACAUCAACAACAGCGACAAUAACAAAGUUAGCAACAUCAGCGUCAGCAUCAUCAUUGACAACAAGGCUUACAACUAUUACAAAAUCUCCAUCUUUACAAACUCCAACAACAACAUCAAUGUUUUCGAUAAGAACGGGAACAACAUCAGCAGCAACAACAACAACAGCAGCAACAACAACACCAACAACAACACCAACAACAACAACAACAGCCACAGCGCCACAAACGGCCGACCACAAACGCCUCUCAGAGAUCGACAACACCACGAGAAUGCUGAUCGUGGUGACACGACACUGAAUAAACUGACCAUGGCCAGUAAUCUCUGCAUCAUGUUCUCAUAUCCGCUCAACUUUUUCAUCUACUGCACAAUGAGUAAGAAGUUUAAGACCACGUUCAAAGAAUUGGCUCUGUCCUCUUGUUGCGGCUGUGGUAAAAGAUGCGGCUUUUGUCGCCAUUGUGGUAGCGGUUGUCGUAGUCUUUCUUGCGGUAGUGGUGGUUGUUGUUUGAGUGGCUGCAAUAAUAAAAGCAAAAAACGUGUCAGAGACAGUAGAGGAAAUGAAUGCGCAAGCAAAAAGCGCUUGUUGUUGCUGUAG